AUGGCAGAUGCCAGAUCACGCAAAUCAUCAAUGGCCUCACUUGCAUUGAGGCAGGCAUCCCCUAUUAUCACCCCAGCCACACUUGAAGGACCUUCCGACGCACCUAUAAGUCGCACACAGGUCAAACUCCGUCCAGAAAUACUCUGGCAGCAAGAGGAUGCUACAAAACUCGAUCACCUGCACAGAUAUCUCAUAAGCAACAAUGCCAGCAGCAGAUCCCAACCCCCAGCACUCCACAGACUACUGGAGAAGAACACAGAGCAUCUUAUCAGCCAUCUAGGCGCUUGGAAACAAACCAUGUUGCAGGAUGUUACACAAGCAGUAGAGAGCGCAAUUCAGCGCCUUCUGACUGCCCCCAGCAGCACAGAUCCACACACACCUCCCAGAAGAGUCUUCACAGUCAUAGACAACACCCCCAAGGCCCCUUCUGGCUCAGGCAGCUCAGGCAACAAGGACUUCUUAGUCCCUAUCAAGGAUGAAUCUGACCCAAAGGGAAAAGGGGUCAAAUUGGAGUCACAAGAGCCUAAAACAACCCUAAACACCUCCCAGACAAUCCCACACACCCAGGAACACCUUGACCCCAACCCAGAGCAGCCCUUCACCAGACCAACAGCUGCAGAUCUCCCAAGCACACCUCAAGCAGCAACAAGUAGUCCCCUAAGCAAAGAAUAUCUAUCAGCUCAACCAGGACAAACAGAUGAAGAAAAGGAGGCAAGAAUGCUACACAACAUUGCUACCAUCAUGGUCAGAGCCUUAUCUGUCCCACUUCAGAGCACCUUCAGGGGACUGUCCCAAACUCCUGGCCCAGCCCAAGCGAAAUCCAAAAUCCCUGCUCCUGAGAAGUAUGAUGGCAAGAAGGGCCCUGCAGCCAAAUCAUUUAUCCUGGAUUGCAAAACCUACUUCCUUAGCAAUGCUUCCUCAUUCCCUUCUGAUCACAAGAAGCUGCUGAAUGGGGAUGACAAGCCAACCUUGGAAUCCUGGAAUACCUUUGAAGCAGCAUUCUUGCGCAACUGGAGCAAUCCAGCAGCAGCACAAAUUGCAGAACAACACCUGCAUAAUCUCAAGCAGCUGAAAUGGGCAAGCAACCAUGCCACAGAGUUUAGAAUCAUAGCCAGCAAACUAGAAUGGUCAGACCCUGCCCUCAUUGCCUCCUUCCGCCAGGGACUCAAGGCAGAAGUCAGAAGCAAGCUGAUUGAGUACACCCUGCACAAGAACAUCACUGCACUGGAUGGGUUUAUCUCCACUGCCUGUCUAAUUGAUGACACGCUGUUUGAAGCACGCAAGGAGCUAAGAAAAGAUAGCAACAGCAGCACCAGCUCACCACAACGCCCGGCUCAAGGGCGCUCAAGCAAUUUUGUUUCCAAGAAGGUUCAGGAAGCAAGAAGAAACGCUGGAGAAUGUUCCAAGUGUGGGGAAAAGUCUCACAAAUGGGAGGACUGCAAGAAUGGAUGGCGCCUCAAAACAAUAGAACGCUCUAAGCCUGAAUCAGGAAAGGCUGCAGAAGUAGAAGAGCUGGAAUCACUUCCCCAAGCGGGAAAAAACCCUUACAUAGAGGGAAUCACAGACACUCAAACUGCUCUAAUUGAUUCUGGAUCUUCUGCCAACUUCACUGAUCCCCAAUUUGCCCAUUCUCACAACAUUCCACUCACUGAAUUGGAUUCCCCACGCUCUGUCAUUGGCAUUGAUGGCAAACAAGUCCGCAACCCUAUCCGCUUCAAGGCUUGGCUAGUCUUUAGCUCUCAAAACAGGCAAUUUUCCGCCAUCUUCUAUGCUCUUCCGCUUGGAAACAGAAACCUUAUCCAUGGAACCCCCUGGCUUGAAUUGGCUAAUCCAGACAUUGAUUGGACCACCAUGAAAGUUUUACUCCGCCUAGCUACAGCACAAGCUGGCAACAUCAACCCUGAGCCUCAGAAUCUUCCUGUUGAAUUCCAGGAGUUCCAGAAAGUUGUCACAACCAAGAGUGAAAUGACUGCUGUGAGAUAA